AUUUCAUCUGAAAAUGAAAACCAUAAUUCUUCUUGGGCUACUGGGAGCCACAAUGUCAGCCCCACUUAUCCCACAGCACCUGAUGUCUGCAAGCAACAGCAAUGAGUUACUUCUGAGUCUUAAUAAUGCUCAACUUCAGCCCCUACAGCUUCAGGGCCCAUUUAAUUCAUGGAUCCCUCCUUUCUCUGGGAUCCUGCAACAGCAGCAGCAAGCUCAAAUUCCGGGGCUCUCUCAGUUCUCUUUACCAGCUCUUGACCGGUUUGCUGGGCUGUUCCCCAAUCAGGUACCUUUCCCAGGACGGGUCAGUUUUGCCCAAGGAACCCAGGUGGGACAGCUGGACGCCUCACAGCCUCAAACACCACCGCAGACCCAGCAGGGCCCUAAUCACGUUAUGCCCUAUGUGUUCUCCUUCAAAAUGCCUCAAGAGCAAGCUCAGAUGCUUCAGUACUAUCCAGUCUACAUGCUCCUACCCUGGGAACAAUCUCAACAAAUAGCCACACGAUCACCUCCACAAACAGGACAGCAGCAAUUUGAGGAGCAGAUGCCAUUCUAUACUCAAUUUGGAUAUAUUCCAGUACAAGCAGAACCUGUUAUGCUGGGAGGAUGGCAGCAAUUAGCCUUAGAUCCCCUCCUAGGCCCAGCUCUUGAAACUGCUGUGAUGCCAGCAGGAGGAGUGAUACCAUAUCUACAAAAAGAAGUGAUAAACUUUAAACAUGCCAGUGGAGGAAUUUUCAUUCCUUCAACUUCACAAAAAUCCAGUACUACAAAUUCUUUUGCUCCUGCUAUCGACCCAACUAUUACCCCAGAGUUGAUGGAAAAGAAGGCCAAGACUGAUUACUUAAAGGAACCGUAAGAUGUCCUAAUCAUUCAGAGUUUUUGAGAAAAAGCUAUGGCAGUGCCCCGGAUAUCAUUUUAGGCUAUUUGCUUCCUCACUGCUAAUAUCAGUUCUUCGAAAUACACAAAAUACUCUUCUCUUGAAUUUAUUUUUACUUAUGAAUAAUAUUAUACUCUUUAAAUAAGUCAUAGAAUCAUAUAAUACAAUCAUAUAAUAAGUCCUGUUCUUUACAAAAUUAUGUUUCUUUUCAAAUAUCCUAUCAAUGCAUAAUCUAGAAAGUAGCAACAAGAAUAAAGCUAAUUAUCACUGGACCAACUAGAUCAUUGCAUUUCUUGUUUAUUAAGGAUAGCUUUGGAAAAUGAGAAUAAAGAUACACUGUCAUUGGAUUUUUGAGUGUGGUGAUGGUGACUAAUGAACUAAAGUAUGUACCU